CCUGCCUGCAGAGUUUUCCGUCCAGUGUCGGAGUAACAUCGUAAACGAGGACCACCUGACGGUAAGUCCGGACUAAAUGGAAGCAGCGGAGAAAACUCUCACGUACCGAGAUGACACCGGACUUCACAGCAACAAGCUGCUUAAACAUGUCAAGAAGGAGGACAGCGAGGACCGGCGCGCGGAGACAAACUGCGAGGAGUCCAACUAUGUGGAUCUGGACAUGAGACCCGACGCGCUGAAGACGGUGAAAGUGACUUUCACCGGAGAGGGGAGCCAGCUGUCGGUGAUCAAAUCGGACAGCUCGAAGCAGGAGGAGAGCAAAACCGCCUCGGCCGAGUCCCUGCCGGAAAGUCCGACCAAACUCACCACCGCAGAGCCGGACUCAGAGAGCGAGAGGCAGACCGAGCUGGACUCCACCGAGCUCAGCGACAGCGGCGAGCUGCGCUACACCGACAUGUGUCUGAACGGCAAGAGCGACUCCGAGCUGUCCGAGUCCCACUACAUCACCACGCACGAGAUCCAGCUCACCGAGCUCGACCACGACGUGGACUACGACUUGGGCCGCGGGACCCGCUGGGAAUUUGAGGACGGCAACCUGGUCUACGCCUUUGUGGAUUACGCCUCUUUCGAGAGCGAGGACAACCAGGAGGGCACCCUGAUCGUGGAGCGCGGCCGGAGCCAGCCGAAGGCGCAGUCUAAUCUUAGCGGAGCGGCUGUCAGCACCGAGCAGGAGGAGAGUGAUCUGUGCGCCAGUUCGGAUGAGAGCCUGUGCAGAACCCAGAGUGGCGGUGACCCGUCUGCGGGGAAGAUCCACCUGUCUAUUAAAACCUCCUCCAGGGCGGUGAACGACCCCGCAGGCGUGUUUGACAAUAGCGCGCAGUGGUGCGCCAAACACCUCGGAGAUGGGAGCCAUUUCUCUUUUGUGAACCCUGGCGCCAGAGCGGGGCCCCUGUGCGAUAGGGGUCAAUAUUUCAUCCCGGCUCCGGGCCGUCAGCACCUCGCAACCAAACUGAGACGGAAAGAUAUUAAUGAGUAUUCCAGCGGAGCGUCCAGCUCUAUCAGUGAGCUGGACGACGCUGAUAAAGAGGUGCGUAACCUAACCGCCAAGUCUUUCAGAAGCCUGGCAUGUCCCUACUUUGAUGCCAUCAAUCUCAGCACUUCCAGUGAGUCAUCCAUGUCAGAAUAUGGCCUGAAUAAGAGGUCAGCUUAUCUGGACUGGAAUUAUGGAAAUAUUACACACAAUACCUCCAGUGCAACACUGGAAGUGAGUAAGACAGUGCAGGAUAGUAAGAGGAACAUCAGAUGCAAAACUGGUGUGAAAGAUCAGCAGACAAGAAUCUGCGCCCUGAACAAGAGAAUUACUUCACAGCACACAUCUUCAGGCAGAACGCUCCAAAUGAAGGAACAGUCAGCACAGCAAGGGGUUACACUAAAUUUUCACUGUAAUGUUGAGUCCAGAACUCCCCGGGGCUCCAAGUGCUUCCAAAAGGAUCGACCCAAUGAAAUGUUGGCCAGAUCGGGGUGUGAGAUGCAGCAUCAUCACACAGACACCUCGGGAGACACACACAAGAGGGCUAUUUUUGCUUCGAGUCUGCUGAAAAAUGUGAUUUCCAAAAAAAUGCAGUUUGAACAGGAACGCAAAAUGGAGAGGGGAGAAAUCUCAGAUACUUACCCCUCAGGGUCCCCCUGUAUUCACUUUAGAGAUCUAGAGGGCAUGAAGGAGAGGAAUGAUAGCAGAGGCUUACAUGGGCAAACCUCAGAAUUAAGAAACUCUGUGAACUCCCCUGAAGAUCACAGAUCCAGAUCCAGCUCCUGUGGGCCUGCAGAGGAGACAAAGGGUGAAGGAAAGGCUGCAGAUUGUUCAGGAGAGCAUCAGGAAACAGCACAGGAGCCGCAGUCUGGGAAGGAGGCAGACUCAGCAAGAGAAAGACUGGACUCCAGCAGCGUUCUAACGAAGCUUCUGUUUGUUCCAAACUGCCAGUUUCUUUCCAAAGACGGAAACCUGGCAGAGGGUUUAACACCUGGCACAGGUGCAAAGACAUGCGAGAAAGACCUGCAAAAGUUGGAAGACAAAAAUGCAGAAAAUAAAGAAAAACAGGAGAGGGUGGGGAAAGCACCCGAGAUCAAAAUCUGCCUGAGAAACGUAAAAGAAAACAAAGGCUGCACUCUGAAUAUUGCAAAUCUCCUCACACCCAAAAUCAGUAACAACAUCAACAAAUACAGGACAGCGGACAAUGGCAGGUGUCAUAUUUUAUCCUCAGGAGACAAGGCUCAGAGUUUCACCGUCAGAGACAUCAGGGACACAAAGUGCAAAUUUCAGACACCAAUAUAUCACGUCAGGGAUGUACGUAAGUUAGUGAAAAGCUCGUAUCGUUUUGUCUCUUUGAACAGAAGUGACCGUAGAUGUUCCAUAGUGGCCGAGGAGAAAACUAAAGUGGAUCCAGAAAAACCAUCCCCCAUUGUGAUCAAAUGCAACUCUGUUAACACAAACAUUAAACCAGAGUCAGACGACACAACACAGGCACAAGUGGAGGCAGACACCAUGCCUGACACCUCCUGUAGAGUAGCCACUGUUACGGCAAGACAAGGAAAUCUCAAUCAGUCUGAGACGCAGCAAAAUCUUGAGGGCAAACUGGAAAAACAGAGACAGGAUAGGUUCACUGGGGAGACAAAUGAAAGGAGAAAUGAUCCCACAAUGCCAAAACAGGAUGCCCUAGAAAAGCUCAAGGCUGCAGUUAAAACCAUGGAGCAGCUUUAUGUUUUUGACAGGAAUGAAUGGAAGCGUAAAACCCAAGCCUCUCACCCAGUCGCAGACAGCCGCGUGCUGCCGCUCCUCACCAUGCAGGAUCAUGGAGUUGCAGAUGAGCAGGAGGUGAAAAACAUUGGCAGGAUACCUCAGUCUCUCACAAAUGGCAAAGAAAUUCAGAAAAGCCAAGGAGAUAGAACAUCACUGAAUAUAAUUCAUGUUUCAUACAACCAGAACCCUUUCAAAACACAAUCGCAGCAAAGCAAAACCUUCACCAACAAAAGCAUCCUGCAUUUUGCCAAUAAAAAACACAGCAGCAUAAAUGCACAAGAUUCUGCUUUACAAGCAGAAUCCGGAGUGAGAAGCUCCAAAACGUCGACGGUUAAACCAGCUUCUGUAAAAAUGGUGGAUCAGGAUGAGGCCAAAUCCAGUUUCACGGAUCCCACCACCACAAAGAGUUUCCUGGAUUCUGAGAACUACCUAACCAUGCCAGGGAUUGGCUGCACAAAUGAAACCAAGCUGCUCAAUCAAAAGGGGGAUUCAAGUUCUGGCAAAACAAAUUCAGGUGAUAUCAAGGUGCCAGAGCAAAGCAAGUCACAUGUAACUAUGGACUGUCCUUCUGCAACGAUCUACCACCUUCCAACAGCAGCGACAAGUCCUCAAAAUCAGCAGCAGGUGUUACGCUUCUCCCCCUCCAUCAAUAUGUCCCCAACACCCUCCGGAGGAGAAAUAGUCCCUCAAACCCAGCGCAAGAUGCUCCUGGACCCCACAACUGGACAUUAUUACCUGGUGGACACUCCCAUACUGGCCACCACCAAGAGACUUUUCGAUCCAGAGACAGGCCAGUACGUGGAUGUCCCCAUGCCUCACUCACCCAUGGCGUCCGUCACACCCGUACCUUUCUCUCUACCCCCCGUAGCUCUCGCCCCCACCUACGUGGUCUACCCAGGCUUCAUCUCUCCUACGUUGGCAGCCCAGGCGGUGAUGCCGCAGUCCCCCUGUCAAUCGGAGGACGCAGCAGGAGAAAGCAUCAAAAGCAAUCAGAUGAGCCCGGGUACAGAGAAGGCUUACUACAGCGCGACGGCAGAGGCUCAGCAGGGGCCGCUUCAUCUGCCGCUGAGUUUGGGACAUGUGUCCGCUAAAGGAGGGCCUGGAAGCUCUGACAAAAAGGCACUUAUCAGCAUCACAACACAGCAGGGUCCAAGAAUCAUUGCUCCACCCUCGUUUGAUGGGAAAACUAUGAGCUUUGUGGUUGAGCAUCGGUGACCAAGAGGACUUCUCUUCACAUAUAUAGCUCUGCUGAGGAAUCCACCUUCAUUCACUGUAAGUGGAGUUUUCAUCCUGUGACCUGCUCUCUGGACAACUUCCACCAUCAGCCCUUCACCUGUCUCUCUCUGUUCUGCUGUUUGUUUUUUUUUUUUGUUGUUGUUUUUUUUCUGUAUGCAUUGUAGCACUUUAUAGAUAUGAAUCGUAGAGAUACUUUCCAUUCAGGUGCUGUGUAGAUUGGUCUGUAUUUAAAUGCCAUGUGUGCCCUGCAGUCUAUUCAAAAGGAAACAAGGCAGUUCUGUCACAAUAAAGUGUUAUUUACGGCCAAUCUGUUUUAUUAAUAUGUUAAUGACAAUAUGUACUUAGAUUGUUUAUCUGAUAAAACACAACAGACUCCCGUGAGUAAAAUUUAUGUACAUAAAAAAAAAAAUAAAAAGUAGCAUCAUUAAAGUCAGACUGUUUGUUUCUAGCACAUCGUAGUCUCGUGUCACCUGACUGAGUCUGCUUGAUGAUAAUAAACCCUAGAUAUACUAUUAUUAACUAGCUAGGCCAUAAUGUCAUGGCUUUUAAUAGAGGUGUCAUAAAGGUAUAACUUCAAACAAAUCAAAUUUCUUGUUGAGACAUAUUUGUUUGCUGGCUUGUGCUCUCAUCACUAUUUUAUUUGCAGUUUGCUAAAAACAUAACUAAAAAGAAAAGUUUCUGAUUUCAGCAGAGAAACUGUAGCAAACUGGAAGCUAAAUUUUUUCUCUUCCUGGUGGAUCCGUUUUUGAAGGUCACAAAGGGAACAGAGUCAAUCAGAAAUUCAAAACAUUAUUUCUGGGGAAUCCUGCUGUUUGAUGUUACUGACAUACUGGAGUUAUCACAUGUUAUCACCUUGUUGCCUUAAUGUAUUUAUAGUGACCUAGAAAAAAAAUCAUUUGUGUUUUUGUUGUUCUAAAUGAAGUAGAGAUUGUCCAUUUGAAUGUGGCUUAAAUAAUACAUAUAAGGUUAGGUAUUUAUGAUCAAAAUUCUAAUUAUUUUUGGAAUAACUAAAACCAAUAUAUUGCUGCAAUGUGCAUUUAAUGUGAAUGCUGAGGUGUUUGGAAAAUGCACCAGCAACCUUUGGCGAUAUACAUAGUGGUGUGGUGGUUUGAGGAAAAUAGGGGAAAACUCACUAUUGGAAAGCCAAUAGUUAGUUUUCUGACAACUCUAAUGUUGGGUAGGGUGGCAUACCAGACCUUGUAUCCCACCCAUAUGUCUGUAUUUUCUAGCUUUGACCAAUAAGUUGAAGAUGUCCAGAGCAGAUGUCCAAAUGCAGCAUCUUUGCUUCAUUUGUAGGUGGUUUUGACAAGCUCUGAAACAUUUUAGUAUGGCAUUUUCCAUUUGUUUGGCAAAAAUACAAUUGUCGAAGUACCAAGACUUGAACAUUUUGAUCUUUCUCACCAACUAAGACUGCCACUUCUGUUCUAAAAUCUGUGUGGUCAAAGUUUCCUCAGUAGUUAAGUAGAUUAAAUGCUGAGAAAUAAGUUGUUUUUGGCUUGUGAUGCUAAAUAAACAAAUGUUUCUAGUGUGAAGACUAGAAACUUGAUCAUGAGUAGGUUUGGCAUAACAUAUUUCUGAGAUUUGAGCUUUACCUAAUGAAUGUUUAAUCUCAUGAAGAUAAUAAAUUAAGGAUGAAUUUGAUAUUUUUGAAAGAAACUCAGCUUAAUCAUCCUUCAAAAUAAAACUCCGGUCUUUCACGAUUAAGAGAGGCCGGUGUUAGAGUGUGUUUCUUUAGGCUGAUGUUGACUGAGCAUAGAUGUAAUUGUGUAUAUGUGCAACAAGUAUUACUUUCUUAUGUGACACAACUGUAUAAAACAGACAUGGUAAGUUAUUUUAUUGAGCUGAGCAGCUUUAAGCAAAUUAUCUCUCUCUAUUGGCACACAUAUAUAGAUAAAUAUAAUUCUGACCUAUCAAUAAUAUCUAUCAGGCUCUUGUUCAGAUUCCUGUGGAGACAUUCCUGACAAAUCCAAGUAGAAAAAAAAAGAUCACAGGAUGGGCCCAGAAUACUCUGAAGGAGUUACUGUCCUGUCCUUUACCGGAAUGUCUCAAGGUCCUCCAGGAAAAAACUGGAAAUGUUGCUAAAUGGAGAGAGUCAUGCUAGCUACCUGGACCAGCAGAGGGGCAAAAAGUUCGUAUCAGCGCAUGCUAAUACAGUAUCAAUGUGCCAAAGUGUGAAAUGAGUUUUGAAUCCCUAAAACGUAAUAACUGCAAAAUAGAUAUGGACUUGUUAGAGUUGUCUUAACAAAAGAUGAGAUCGUGUAGAUCACUGCUGGGUAAAAGUCCUCUAAACUACUUUCAGCAGUGUAGUUGUGCAUUAAAAAGGGAUCGAAAUACUUGUGAUUUUUCACACUUAUCUGAGGAAAGGGACCAUUUAAUGAAUGUUCAAUCACUCCAGACCUUCUGCUGCAGCGUGUCUGGUCUAUUACAUAUGUAAAAUCAUUACAUUUAUUUUCAAGUAAAUACCAGUCAUAUCAAGAGAAUGUGGUUUUCCUUUGUGUGCUAUCACUAAACCCUUCCACAGUAACCUUUUGGUUUCCAUCAGCUUUUCUGUUGACAUCAACUCCUUGUUGUGUCCAGUGAAAUGCGUCUUAAUGGCCACCAGCAUGAUGUAUAAAUGAAAUGUUUUCUUCUUAUUAUUAUUAAUAUUAUUAAUAUUAUUUCCUUAAUGCACACCUCUUGUUUUUCCUAGUGAGGUGAGAUGAGUAACACUAUGCAUGUUGCUCAGAUGAAAACAGAGCUACGAUUCAGAUUUAGCACUGAGCUCAGGUCACUAUAAGUAGUGUUGGGCCUAAUGAGUCGGUGCCAACUGAGACAUUUACAGGAUAACUUCCUCUAUUUGUCUUGGUUCAGGUUACACUUUUGUGUAAUGAGAUGGGAGUGGGUGUGCUUGCGUCUGAAUGCGUCCGCGUUUGUGGUCGUGAGCUAUGCGUGGCAUUCGAGCAUUCUGUGAGCACAACGAGGAGUUGCGUUACUUCCCUGCAAACAGGAUCACACAGAGUGCACAUGUGUGAAGCGUGUCUUCACGAUUAGCACACACUGUAGUACCAGAUUUUAAAGACACUUUAGAGCGAGCUGUUUGGUGCAAAACGGUAAUUAGAAUUACUAUCCAAAAUGAAUUUUUGUUCCCCCUCCCCAUGAUUCUGUCUUUUUCAAUAUUUAAACAAUAAUAUUUUUGAUUCUUUUCAACACAUUUUCUGUCAUGUUUCCCACUGAAUCUGCAGCAGGGCCUCAUUGGUCUUUGUGCUAACAUGAACCAGCAUCCCUCUGAGCAUAAUACCAACCGUAGAUUUGCUAUCUGCACAAUGUUUCAAAACUAAGCACAACCUAAAAGGUAUUUGGAGCUGCUGGUCAGUCUACUUACCUCCAUUUAAAAUACAUAUCAUUUCCCCAUCGCAUGCCCUGAAAGUUUAUUUUAGGUUUUGAACACAUUUUGCUAACUUUUCUGAAGGGUUUGUGCUCAAGAGCCUAAUUGGCAGUGCAAUGUUUGAUACAAUUUGAAGUGCUUUGUAGCCUGAAGUUGUUGGGAACUGUUUAAAUCAAGCUACUGAUACCUAAACAACCUGUAAGAAAAUAAACACAGAUCACCUGAAAACUUGACAUAGCGUUUCCAGUGUUGGAUGCCUUAACAAAAAUUGUGUUUCUCCAAUUUUUAAGAACUUUUAAGCUUAUUUUACUGGAACAUGUGAAAUUUGGAAUGUAAAUUUUAUUUCAUUCUAUUUUCUAAAUGUUGCACUUGGGCGGUCACCAAAAAUGAAAGUUAAAUGUCAAUGUCUGUAACCGUGGGUGACAAAAGCACUAUUGAGACAUUUUUAUUUACCAUUUUUAUUCUUUAUGCGAAGAAUAAGAUGCCGGUUAUGUUAUACACUACCUUCCAAAAGUAUUAAUAUCUUUGGUCAAAAUAUUUUGUUGGAAUUUUAUGUGAUAGAUCAACAAUAAGAUGUCCAUAACUGUGAAAGGAAAUCAAAUGCUGAAAAAUAAAAAUAAUAGUAAUAAUAUAAUAAUACCUUUUUUUUUUUACAAAUAAAUAUUUGGGUCAUGAUGAUGUUGGUUCUUCAUCACACAACAUGUUGCAUGUAAGGCCAACAUAACUAACAUUCAAUAUACUAACAAUUUUACCUAUGACUAUCAGAACAAAUGAGGAUAUUUUGGUUGAAUAACCAUUUUUAACCCUUCUCCAAUUGUUUGAAAAUAAUGUAUAUUUUUCCUCAGACCUCACAAUUAUGUGCUCCUUUGCAUUAAUCUAUCAAAUAAAAUCCCAAUAAACCUUUCAAGGAUGUGGUUGUGAUGUGAUGAAAGGAUAAAAUAGGAUGAAUACAUUUGCAAGGCUCUGUAUGUUUGGAAACUUGGUCAAGGAGAACUUAAAGAUCCUGGCAUCGCGUGUGAAUGACACAUCAACGAAGAAGCAUUUCUUAUUUUUUGCUCUUAAGAGUGAGGCCUACAGAGAGAAUAAUCUGUCUGAAUUUGGUGUCAUUGCUGAGUUAAACAGCAUAUGAAUCAUGAAUUAUGUGAAUGGUUCAUGGUUCAUUCAAAUGGUGACUGUGAUGUUCUGUACUAUUCAUGUGCCAUGUCAUGAUAUCUGACGGGAUUUCAGGAUUAAACACGGGAAAAUGACACUAUCAAUGUUUGGUUUAGCGGAUGAGGAAAGUGUUAAGGUGAGAUGGUCUGAGAUACGUGCAUACAGAAGGUUUAAAAAUAAGUCGCACAUGACUGAACUCUGCUUGAAUUGAUGCCAUCGCUGAUUUAAAACUGCCGUCUGUGUCUGUGAAGAAGGUAAAGGUCACGAUGAAAAGUAAAGAGAUUACUUGAAAAGGGGAAAUGGAAUGCAAAUUUUGCAUUUACUGUACCAUUCACUGUACUGAAAAGAAAAAGUCUGAUGGAUGAAUGUAAUGCAAACUGAUACAUCUACAUUUGUUUGCAAUAAAUGUUAAAAUGCAAGACACUGAAA